AUGACUGUUGUCCUCGAGGCUAUCGAGUACUAUAAUCUACACAUCGCUCCUGACCUGAGUGCCACAGGAGCUCAGGGCCCCGGGACUCCUUACUGGAUGCCCCCUAUCACUGCUUCUUUCCUCCCCCGGUCCUUCACUCAGAGCAUUGUCUGCACCUCACUUUGCCACCGCAUCCUGCAGGCCGGCAAUGCAGCUCCGUCAGACCAGAUUGUGUUGGCUCGGAGGCUGCAGCGGCAUCGCGGUGAUGCCCUCCGAGCUUUGACAGCCGACCUGAGCGAACAGAAAGAACCUUCAGAUAUAACUCUGGCGUCCGUGCUGAUCCUGCUUCUCGUUGAGAUCCAGCAAUCGUUUGAGCCGCCCAACUGGCGGAAUCACGGCAACGGUGCGGCUGCCAUGAUCGAUCUAAAGGGCGGCUUGCAAAGUCUUGUUGUUUCUCGCCCUUUCCUACACCACCUGUUGCGAUACUAUGCUCUCAUCGAAGCGAUAGGGAACACAACAUCGCCCGGUGUCGACAUGCGCUCAGCCCGCAGCCAACUUGAGCUGGUCUCCCUGCUCCCCAUUUUCUACGGAAACGGUCUCGCCACCUGCUUUCCAUGCCCUCCAGACCUACUUGCCGAACUCAUCCGCAUCAACCAUCUCCGGUCAGUUUUUCGAGGAAACGCACUUACCCCUGACAGCACGGACUCAAUACCAUCGGGAGAGGAACGAGAUCCACAAUACUCGGCAGCUCUCGACGUCCUACGCCGCAUCAGGUCAUUUUCGGCCGACAGGUGGGCUGCCGAAGUUACCGUCAGCAUCACCAGGAACCAGAAUCCCGCCCCUCCUGGUUUGAGCGGCUGGCACGUGAUUGCCUGCAUCUACCAGGCGGCCAUCGCCAUCUACUGCAUUAGGUCUCUCCUCCACGAGGAGACAAGUAGCCCAGACAACAACAGCGCAGGGCUACUAACCGAUGCACCGCUCAUUCGCCAGCAAGUCGUCACCGAGGUGAGGAAGAUGUGUGCCUCAACACUGCUCAGCCGGCUCCAGGAAGUCAGCAAGUGCACUCAACUGCGCAAGCAGCUUCUGUGGCCCCUGUUCAUGGCUGGCGUGGAGGCAGAGGACGAGGAGGCGAAGCGGUUUGUGACUGGCGAGUUACGCUGGAUUAGCAAUGCCCUCGGCACGGCUGCGCCCCUGGUAGCAAAAGAUCUGCUGGAAAACCGCGUAUGGAAGCUUGAGAUGGGGAAAGGGUGCUGGGAUGCCAUGUUCGACCAGUCUUACGUAUUUGUUCUUUAG